GCCGAUCAACUUCUCUGCUGAUCAUCUUCUCUGCCAAAAACUUUUUCAUCUUCUUCCUUUUCUCUGCCGAUCAACUUCCUCCUCUCUGCCAAUCAUCUUCCUCCUCUCAUGGCAAAAGCAAUUGAUCCUCUUGAUGCUCUUCCCACUGGGUUGAAGCUUUUUAUAAAAAAUCUCCACUCUCUUUCUCCGGAAAAGCUUGAUGAUACAAAUUUUCCAUCGUGGAUUGCUACAACCUCAGCAAAUUUGUCCGCUCAUCGCUUGCUCGGGUACGUUGAUGGUACGAUCACAGCCCCUCCAAAAACUCUAGAUGUCGCCGGCAGCACGGACAUCAACCCUGAGUUUGAGGUUUGGCCCGUUAUCAAUGCCCAACUCUGUGCAUGUUUACUUGCUAUUAUCAGCCCGUCUGUGCAAAAUCACCUUCAUGGCCUUGACACUGCUGCGGCAAUAUGGGAGCAUCUUCAGCUUCGGUAUAAUUCUCUUUCUCGCACACAUAUUUUUCAAUUAAAAGAGCAACUUCACAAUGUUCAGAAGGGGCCUGAUUCUAUGCAAAAAUACCUUGAUUCUGUCGUCAAAAUUGUCGCUGCUUUAGACCGGGCCAAGGCUGCCGUUCCGGAACAUGAUGUGAUAUUGGGUGUUCUUCGAGGGUUGCUCGCCGAGUAUGCUUCCAUAAAACAGAAUAUCAGAACCAAUAUGGAAAAUGUUACCUUUGCACAAGUUUCCUCUUGGUUAUUGGCCGAGGAACUUAAUCUACAAAUGGAGCAAAAACUUCAACCUAGUGAUAGUCCGGCCACCACUGAUCCUCACACGGCCCUAUAUGCACAAUCUGGUGGACGUGGACGUGGACAGUUUAGCGGACCGCCCUCUCCAUCGCCUCAAGCGUUUUAUGCGUCUCAAUCUACUGGCUCUAAUGGAAAUUGGUUUUUGGACACUGGAGCUAAUACGCAUGUCACACCGGAUCUGUCUCGUCUCUAUUCAUACAGGCCAUACUCUGGCACUGAUUCUGUGACUAGUGCAGGUGGUCAUCCCUUACCCAUAGCUCAUGUUGGAUCAGAUCCUGGACAACAAAACCCACAUGGUGAGAUACAGAGGCCGCUGUGAGCAGGGACUUUAUAUGUUACCUUCCAAUUACCAAGCAUCUCCUCAUGUUGAGUCGUCUCCGUCCGUACGAUCUGCCGUUCUUACCUCUCAAGAGUGGCGUCGUCGUUUGGGUCAUCCAUCUGUGUCCAUUACCAAGCGUUUGCUUUCAUUUUUAGGUGUUUCAUUUUCUGAUGUACCCCAUUGCGAUUCUUGCUCAGUAUCUAAGUCACAUAAACUGCCUUUUUCUUU